AUGAGGAUGGAAUCUCAAUUGGACUAUGAUACGAGCAUUUGUUUCUACUGCGUCUGCUCUACUAGCGGCCACUCGGCUGGAUGCAUCGUCAGGAGUCCCUGGUUCUGCGAAUACUAUCGCAUAAUAAGGAGGCCGAAUAGCGCUAGGGAUCGUUACAGGUUGUUGUUCCACGAGGAUCGGCCUGCUUACUUCAGACAGCUGUCGUAUCGUGUCCGAAGAACUAUGGACGAGGGCUUACUAGAGUUACUGGACUACGGAGGCGACGCGUUGUGCUGCAGUCACCCUUACGGCCAUCGAAGAAACCUCCAUGAAAGUGUGAGGAACAAGAUCCGAAUGCUGAGGAAGAAAGUGCCCAAAGAAAACAUAUUGGCCGGCAGCCCCACGGGAGAUUACGUGGACUUCGUUGUAAACAACGAU